UAUAUUAUUUUCUGCAGCUGUCCGAGAAUUAAACAUUAAAAAACAGUAAACAAUUUAUAAAUAAAUAAUGUUUCGUCGUGGCAAAUUGGCAUUUUUAAAUACCAAAGAUGAUCGUAUUAAAAUUAUUAACGAACGCAUCAAUUUAACCGAAAAACAUUUAAUAGAAAUGUGUUCGACUUUUUCCGCCUGUACCAGGAAGUUGGCUAAAUUUCGUGAUUCCUAUGAUGAGCUUGCGAAAUGUCUAAAACACUAUUCAGAUGAUGAAGAAAUCAAUGAAAGUUUUAGUGAUGGUUUGAAAAAUUUCACCAACGCCGUAACUAUUUUAGCCGAUUAUAUGGAUCUAAAUGUUCAUCGUAUGGAAUUGAAGAUUGUUAAUGAGUUGGCACAAUUUGAUAAUUUAUGCAAAACUACUAGAGAUAAUUUACGUACAGCUGUUAUCGCUCGUGAUAAGGAGGUCUUAAAGCAGCGUCAAAUGUUGGAAUUGAAAACAAAGUUUUCGGCUAAUAAUUCCGCUGCCGAUUCGGAGUUGCUAAAAGCUAAAAUGGAAGUAAAUCGUACGAAUAAAGAAAUCGAUGAGAUUAUUAGCAAUUUCGAGAAGCGUAAAUUGAAUGAUAUUAAAAACAUACUCGUCGAUUUUAUAUUAAUCUCCAUGAAAUAUCACACAAAAUCUUUGGAAGCUUUAUCGGCCAGUUAUUAUGAUGUCACAAAUAUCGAUGAAAGGGGAGAUUUUAUGGAAUUUCAAAAACUAAUGAAAUCGAAAAGUGAAGCACAAGAAAAGAAAUCCAUCAAAAAGGCGGCCAGUUUGAGGUCACAGUCAAUGGAAAGUUUGGAAAGAGAUCAAUUGUUGAGUCCUUUGAAAAGGAAGGGUAGAAUGAGUAAGUCUACUAAAAAUUUGGCCGAAAAUAAAACCGACGAAGAAGACGAGGAAGAGGAGGAUGAAGAAGGCGAAGAAGAGGAGGAGGGAGAGGAUGGUGAGGAUGAAGAAGAUGAUGAGGAGGAUGAGGAUGACAGUGAAAAUUCCAAGUCUGAAGAGGACUCCAUUACCGAAGCCGAAGAUGUGGGUGAAGCAAAUGCUUUGGAUACUGCCUCUAAUUUAAAGGCAAAUAAAUUGAAUUUUAAAAAACCCUUAACAAAACCUCAAGUAAAGCAUCCCUUUAAAGCGGUGGCGGCUACACAUGUAAGAUUGCAAAAGCAAUUGCAUGUGCAGUCUUAAAACUAAAAUUUUUUUGAAAUUUUUAAAAAAGUCAAUAUUUAUUUACACUUACUGUAACAUUUAAGGAGACACUAAUUAACAACAAAUUGGUUUUAAUAUUAUGCACCCAUAUCGACCACCCUCUCCAUAAGGAGCACCAAGCAAAACAGGUGCAAGCAACAUCAUUCGCAUGACAACAUUGAGUUAAUUGAAUAAACAAUGUUAGAUACUUUUUCUCAUAAAAGCACUUUGAUUAAUUGGCCGGUUGCCAUUGUUUAACUUGUAUUAUUAUUAUUAUUGAUAGUUAUGUUUUUCUGCAAGCCCAACCCUAUUUUCUUUUACAACUUUUAUUAUUAUUCAUUUUAAAGAGGGUGUAGUAAUGAAUUUUUAUAAAACUAUUUUAUAUGUACAGGUUCUUAAGAAUACAUCUAAACAGGGAAAAAAUGCCUUUGUCACAAAACGUUGUUUAUCAGGCUCUAGCACAACGGGUAUACCACGUUUAGUUACCGCCACUAAGCGACGUGAUAGCAAAUCUACUCAAGAUAUUGAAGGUGG